AUUCACUUAAUUGCGUAUGCAGCAUGAGUGUGAGUCUUGACAAUAUUGGUAUCGGAAUCGGUGGUCUUCCCGGCGAUUUGGUGGCCUACGAUGAGUCAAAAUUCAACCAAAAGAUAACGCACCUGACGCCCACAGAACAGGAAGCCGUUAAGCGUUUUUGGAGGUCGCUGGUUUUGCGAAGUCAACGCGCCUUCAUUGAGGAAAAUGCGCAUCAAACGCCGGGCAAUAACAAUGGCACCCCAAGCUCAACAUUGACUCGGUCUGUGCGCAGCUGCAACUGUUGUCCUUAUGGCUACCACAUCGAUCUGGAUUUUGUUCGCUACUGCGAGAGUCUGGCCAAUGCCAAGCCCAGCGAGGAGGAGCUGCAGCGUCGCGAUCGUCGCAGAUCUCGCAAAUCCAUGGAAUUCAUGCUCGGCUUUGAGAGUCUCUUUGGCGGCGAUUGGCAGGCGGAGAGUCGUGUGCAACCAAAGCUAACGGAGGCCGCACAUGAAAGUGAACCGGAUUCGCCACGGCUACACGCUGCCACUGUCGGACUAUCGCCGUGCUAUCGGCCACGCUCGUCGUCGGUGCCACGCUUCACUUACAGCAGCAGCCUUGCACCGCCGCCGCGUUCUGAGUCACCCUAUGGCACUGCCUCAUCCACAUGCUCCUCACUGCGUGGCGGCGUCGAAAGCGAUGCUGGCAUCUAUCCGUCUUACAAAUAUCCGACAUAUGGUCAUGCACGUCCGGCCAACAGUCCUCCGGAGACACGUGCCUUCCUACACGAGGCACUCGACGAAGUCUGCAGCGAUUUUGAGCGAACGCUGGAACGUGCCUCGGCCAGGAGGCGUAAAGGGGGUGCUUACAGCUAUACGAAUGGCAACUCCUUGUCCAUGGAUCGCAACAACAACAGUCUCAGUCUGAGCUUAAGUCUGAGCAACGGCUAUGGCUCCAAGGAGACCAAGGAGGCGAAGGAGCGUCGCAUGGGGCAUAGCACGUGGGAUCGUUACUUUGAUGUUGCAGACUCCUGCAUGGCUGGGAAUCGCUCACCUCGUCUCUUUCAGCGCUCGAAUACGCUGCCACUGCAGCAGCGUCCCAGUCCUGCUGAGGUCCAGUAUGAGAGUUAUGUCCUCGCCACGGUGGCUGCCAAUGCCAAGUCGCCGGUGGAGCAGCCAGAGAGUGUCGCAGACAAAGCGUCGCCACCACCACCGCCACCGCGUCGCCAUCAUUUGACAGCCACACCCAAAGCGGAGCAGACGACAACAAAUGGCAGUUCCUCUGACAGCCCCCUCCAGUCGCCGGCCAGCUCCGAGACGGGUCAGACUACUGCGGAUGCACAAGCGCUCUGCCAGAUACGUGAACAAAUGGCGUUGAGCUUGAAACGUCUCAAGGACCUAGAGGAGCAGGUCAAGGUCAUACCUGAUAUGGAGAUGGAGCUGAAUUCACUGCGCUCUGAGAAACAGCGUCUACAGCGUCGCAACGAGGAGCUGCUCCGCGGACAACGCCAAACACCAUCGCCACCCAGUCCGGGCCUUAAGAAUGCUUCACCCGUGCAGUUUACGCCGCAGCGCAUCAGUCCCGUUUCGCUGGAAAGUUUGGGCGCACGGAUGCGCAGCAGUUCGAUAUCGCCGAGCAUCAUACGACGCGAUGUUGCCACACAGGCUGCCAGCAAGGUGAUUGCCACACGUGACAUUGCAGUGGGCUCGCCGUUGAGCGUUCGCCACGUGGGCACCCAGCAGACGGAGACGCUGUACUCGCAGCUGGAACUGAAGCAGAAGAUUGAACAGGCGCUCAGCGAGAGCAAGCAGCAGCGACUCCGACAUCUCAUCUCAGUGGGCACCCAGAUGUAUGUGCCAAAGAGGGAGCAGCGGGAGAUGGGCAACCAAACCGUACCAGAGCGUCCAGUGCUCAAGCAUAAUGUGAGCAUCAGUGCCAAACCGAUGACCAGGGAGAACUUUACCAACUGCAAGCCAGAUAUGCGCAGCGUGGGCAGCUCCGAGAAUCGAGUGACGGAUGUGCUCUGCGAAAAGUGUGCCAUUAGCAAGCGUAGCGUCAGCGUCGGUUGUGGCACCGACGAGAAGCUGCCGGAGAAGCCGAAGCCCGUGCCACAGUUGCCAGGUCGCAGCAACACCUUCAGUCUCGGCGAGCACGAACAGUUGGCUAUCAAACGCAAGGCGAUUGGCUGCCAGACUCUAAACACCGUGGUGCACAGUGCGUCGAGUCAAACAGCGGCGACCACUGUACGCUCCACGGGUGCUCAGGCGAUGCCCGAGCAGCAACAGGUGGGCACCCAAUGCGGCGUGGAGUCCACGAAUCGACAAACGGACACUAAGGGAUUGCAGCGUCUCACGCGCAGCGUGACCAAAACCGAGCAGCUAAUGGCACCGCUGAAUCCACCGCAGACAUGUCAUGUGGCCAGCAAUACGGAGGAGCAGCCAUUGCCUGUCGUUGCGAAGCCCGAGCGCAUCGUUGCCCACUCCUCGUGCAACACGGAGCAGGUACACAAGCGGGACGUUGGCUGUGGCGACAUUGUCAAGCCGCACAUCUCGAUUGCCUGUGCGGCCAACUACUGUGAUUCCUGCAAGGAGGCCAUCCAGCUGCUGGCCAAGGACUUCUCCAAGGCAGACCCAACCAACGAGCCACCAACAGCUCCACAUCCCAUUCGGCGUUCCACCUCGGCGGAUUCGCGUAUACCGCGUCCUAAGCAUCUCACUAGUCCCAGUCCAGUGCGCAAGCAGUUCCAACGUCAAAACACUUAUACGCUGCCAACAACCGCCCAGGCAACGCCAUCGGCGCCUCCACGGAGCCCAAAGGCGCAACGAAAACUAUGUCUGAGCUCGCUGCAGGAGAAGCCGCCCAGUGUAUCGCUUGACUGUGCACCAGAAAUGCAGAGUUUCAUCAAACAGCCGUCCAAGCAAUUAGCUACGUCCCAGGAUUUGGAUUUUACCCAACUUGGUGAUGAUGAGCUGGUUGUGCGCGAGGAGAAACGCGUCAGCAUCAGCUGGUCACGAGAUGCUUCUCCCGCACCACUGAUGACCUCCUCCUCCAGCAGCAAGUCCGCCUCGCCGGAACAGGCUCUAACCGCUUCGACUGAUUCCAAUGUGGAGCGGGAAAUCGCGCAAGGUGCACGCAAAAAGUCUUGCACACCACUUAAGUCUAGUCAGAGCGAGGAGUCACAGGUGACCGUCAUUGAGCGGACGACAGAUGUGGCUCCGAAGGAAGCUCCGAAGGAAGAUCGACCGCCAACCAAGGCACAGCUGCAUCAGCUGGCUCAGGCACCCUCGGAGCCCAGACAAAAAACGGAGCUGGCUAAGGAGAUGAAGGAUGCCCUGAAAGUCAUCAAUGAUUCGCUGCUCAAGAAGCUGGGUUCCAAGCCCUUCUCAUCGUUCAGCCUGAAAUCAUCAAAGACAAGCAUUGGAGAGCACUGGUUCCGCAUCUCCAGCACGGCGACCUCAAAUCCGCACGAGGUUGAGGAUUAUUUGGACUAUUUUGAAUCGUUGUCGGUGCCACUGCUGGAGUACUGUGUCAAUCUCUCCGAUAGCAAUGGCAAUUCGGCAAUGCAUUAUGCGGUCUCGCAUGGCAACUUUGAUGUUGUAUCCAUAUUGCUGGAUUCGAAGGUUUGCAAUGUAAACCAAAUGAAUAACGCUGGAUACACAUGCGUGAUGCUCGUAUCGUUGGCCAAGCUGAAGCAAGUGGCACAUCGGACGGUCGUGGAGCGACUGUUCCAGAUGGCCGAUGUCAACAUACGGGCCAAGAAGCACUGCCAGACCGCAUUGAUGCUCGCUGUGUCGCAUGGUAACGGCGACAUGGUUGCCAUGCUACUCGACGCCGGCGCCGAUAUUAAUAUUCAGGAUGAGGAUGGCAGCACGGCGCUGAUGUGUGCCGCAGAACACGGACGUGUGGAUAUUGUGAAGCACUUGUUGUCGCAACAGGAUUGCGAUUCCCUAGUGCAGGAUGUGGAUGGCAGCACUGCGUUUAAAAUCGCUUGGCAGGCAGGACAUCGUGAUGUGGGUCUGCUCCUCUAUGUGCACGAACAAAUGCUGCGCAGCAAGCUGCCCAAUCGUGGUGAUCCCGUACGCAAAUCUCUACCCUUGCCCUCGCGACCCAAGCCACCAAAAUAAAUAAGGUGAAAGAUUAAAAAGUAAAACUUCGAAGCUGCCGUGCAGCCAAUUUUUGUAUUAGCGGCCAAAAUGUCGAACAAACAUUAAACUUAAGAUUUAAAUUAGCAUUUCGUAGCGCUGCCCUAGAGAAAACAGCUAAAGCAUUCCAUAUCAGUCGAGCUAUAAAUAAUUGUUAAUAAUUUUACUGAUCGUUAACACACAACUUGAAAAGGCGCAAAGCAGUUUUAAAUAUUUACUGUUUUUUUUUUGUUUUGUUUAUUAUUUAUUCUACAAUUAAUUUAAAUAUCUAAAAAGCUCACAAUUUAACAUAACUUGUGCAUAGUUUUUAAUUUUAUGCUUAUUUUUAUGAACUAUGCUACUAAAAUCAAACGAAAAAUGUCAAAAUUUAUAUUAAAUUACUACUUUUAACAUAUUUAAAUAUACACAAAAGAAAUACUGCACUUAACUGGGCUACACGAUACGUAGCAGCCAUAUAGCAACCAUAUCAGCAAAUGACAAUGCAAGAACAAUAUACAAAUUAACAGUAAAUAACAACAAACGAAACACAAUUAAUUAGUGUGUAAUUAAAUUAUUUUUGCAGAGCUACUUACUUAAUAAUAAAAAAAUAAAACAAAUGUUUGAUAAAUACACUCAUUUAAGCAAGCACUUUUUAGUAAAAAUCAAAUAUAUUUGUGGGAUUCUUUCAAUACCCAAGAGUAGUGCGAAUCCAAUAAAAUAUGUGGGUGUAUCCCAAGUUCUUUAAUGGCAUAUUGUAAUUAAUUUUAUAUAUAUAUAUAUAACUAUGUAUUAACUAUAAUAUUUACUAUUUUAGCGGAUUUUAAAUAAAUACAAUUUAUG